AGCAGCGAUUGGAGAUGCAACAACAACAAAAAGUGUCUAUCAUCUGUCCAUCCAUCCAUCCAUCAACGCAGGCAGGCCAGGCAGCAGCAAACGACCCACGCACCACACCACACAAGAGUGCAUGCAGUGAAGUGAGUGCCCGAUGGCCGCCAUGGGAGUCGUGCUGGUGGCCAUCAGGCACUCAUCUCUCAUGCGCCUGUCUGUCUGUCUGUCUGUCUACGCACCCCAUAUAUUUACACACACCCAGCCGAAGUGGUCAAUUUCCCACCCAGCCGCCUCAAACACACCGCAGCUAGCCAUCGCUAUCCCUCUAUGAGACCUGCUUAUAGAAUCAACCGCCGCCCGAAAACAUAGCCAAUCUGACCAUAGACACAGAUAGACAGGCAGCUGCAUCAACGCAGACCCUGUGGUGGGUUUCGGUGUGUCGCACCUGUCUACUGUGAGCCACGGGAGGCUGUCAAUGUGAUUAGGCCCCCCACCGGCCAAUCAUCCGCCCAGCUCUCCACCGUCACGGGGAAGUGUCCGAUCGUCGAGCCGUCGGGGAAGACGGCACGGAUGGACGCGCGAGCUGGGUCUGAUGCUCCGGCUGAGAGGCUCACAGACUGCGGCCCGGGGACGUGGUCGAACAGGGCCGACAGGAGGGCGGGGGUGAAGGCGGCACGAAUGCGGUUGCCAGCACCCUCCGCAGACACUGAACACGCACACACGAGACGGCAGUGAGAAAGAGAUAUGGAUCGCAUCUUUGUCUUUGCUCACCCUGAUAGACGUAGAAGCACAGCUUGUCUAUCCUCGGCAGAUUAGUGCGAUUGACAGCAGCUACCAUCUCCUCAGUCCCCAGCUCAUCUAGAGCCCCCUCGCUCAGCCAAAUCAUCACCUUCCGCACCUCCCUCCCGCCGCCCAGAACUCCCAACACGCCCAGCGCAUCAACAGACAACCUCCUGGUGACGACCUCGGCCACCUGGUUGGCCAUCUUGUCAGCCAGGAGAUGACCGACACUCGCACACAGCCAGCCACAGAUCCACAGCUGACCCGCUCUCGGGAAUCGCUGCAGGUGCUCGAUGAUGGUGGGGUGCGGCAAGGGUGUGUGGGGUGGAGGCGGUGGGUCGAUGUGGCCCCGCACAGACACCUUCUCAGCGCGAUCGAAUGAGAGGCUGGAUGCGACGUCGACGGCCGCGUCGCUGGGGCUGUCGAUAGGGUGGGUGAGGUCGUGCUGAGUGAUGGCGUAGACCACACAUCUCGCCCGCCGCGCGAGCUGGUGCAUGAUGGCCUUGAAGAGGGGGGAAGGAUUGGGGGGGAAAUCGUCGCUGUAGAACAGGGACAACUCGAAGUGCUGGACGAAAGGCGAGCUGCUGAAUGCGACUUGGGCGUCGGGUCGGCAGCAUGCCCUGCGGAGCGACUCGACCGACUCCACGAGGGGAAGGAUGCUGCCGUCGAUGGAGCGAAUCUCCAUCCACAGGGUGAGCCGGGUGAGUGUCUGGCGGCAUCCACGCGACCACAGCGCUGCCUGAAACGGACACACGAGUGAGAGGCCAUGAGAGAACAACACACCCGUCAUCCUUCCCAUGUGUUGGUAGGUCACCUGCAGUCGGUCCACCGCUGCACGAGCAGCGUCAGGACUGCCGCGAAGGACGACGGUGCCGAUGCGUUCCAGAUGUCCCAGAGGCCCCGGCUGCCCGGCCGCUGCCACCGGCAUGUACUCAAACACACCCGCCCACUCGUCAGCCUCAAAUUCCCCAUCCACAUGCCGCAGCGAACGAGACGAGCCGACGAACUGUCCCACAUCACUCGCAUCCCACCCCUGCUGGGCAAGGCGCUCGAAUGACGGCAUCAGCCAGCCCCUGUUGGCCAGGCCGGAAUGAGCGAGAGUGACGCCACUGACAGUCUCGAGGGCGCCAAGGGAGGGGGGCGGCUGCACGAUGGACGGGAGGGGCGGGUCACGUCGCUGCAGUGACUGCAUCUCCCUCCUGGUCAGCUGGGCGCCCUCCAACGUGAUUGUCCUCAGCGUGCUGCCCUGCAUGUUGGCUGCCCGCCGGCCGGCAACGUGCCCCUCGAUCGUCUUGAUGAAGACAUCAAAGCACCAGCAAACGGCGCCCAUGGGAUAGCGCAAGACGAUAGCUGUCAGCCGUGUGAGCCGGGCCGCCCAUUUGGUGACCAGAUCUAGAGGGACUCGCUGCCAGAUGCGCCGCUCCGCGCUGUCGGAUGAGCUUAUGAUGAGGUUGCGGUGCUUCGGCAAUGAGUGCUGCGAGGUGUUGUCCGACAGCUGGACGAGUAGACAGAGGGGGAGGAAGGCCGUGAUGCAGGUGAGCAGGCCAGGCUGCACAAGAUGAAGACAAAGAGCGACAGUGAGCCAUCAUCUCUCCAUUGCGUCUGCCGUGAUUUCCUCACCGUGUCUGAUAUCUGCUGCCUCAGUUCCCUCUCCCUCUCCUCCCUCUGUGCCUGUCGCCCCUCCUCAUCGCUCGCAGCAGCAGAAGAUGACGGCUCGGUGGCGGCCUCGCGUGGCCUGCAACGACACGCACAUACAGUGGACGAUGAUCCAGCACACAUUAAAGGCACGGCGUCCAUCCAUCGUGCAGCAAUGCAGCCCCACCUGACGGCCGUCAUCGGCAGCAGCAGCAGCAGCAGCAGCGUCAGACAUGACUGUCCGUCACCCAAUGAAGCAAGCACCAGACAUCGCUGUGGAUGAAGCGCCUGAAACACGCCAAGCAGUGAAUGUGGUGCUAUUGUCGGCCGAGCUGUCGGCGCGUUGCUGUUCGUCUUUGCUUCGCGGCACUCACUCGUGUCGUUCAUCGUUCAUCGAUUUAUCAUCGAUGUUU